UGAUGGAAGUGAAAGAGGAGAGUCAAGCUGAAGUGGAUGAGAAACAUCAGAUUGUAAAAAUAAACCAUAAUGUUUCACAGAAAGAAACUCUGAAGACAGAAGACAUAAAGUGUGAAAAUAGUUUCAGUGAAGAUGAACGCCCUGCAGAUCACAAGAGGACUCACAGUGAGGAGAAACCUUUCAAAUGUCAACAGUGUGGAAAGAGUUUCACCUUUCAAUCGAGUCUUAUCCGGCAUAAGAAAGCUCACAGUGAGGAGAAACCUUUCACAUGUCAACAGUGUGGCAAGAGUUUCAGAGAUAAAAGUAAACUUGAGACUCACGUGAGAAGUCACAUUAAAGAAAAAACACAUGUGUGCCAUGAGUGUGAAAGGAGUUUUACAAAAAAAAGUUACCUUAAGAGACACAUGAGGUCUCACACUGGAGAGAAACCUUAUGCAUGUCAACAGUGUGGAAAGAGUUUCACCUUAAAAUCGAACCUUAACCAGCACAUAAAAACUCACAGUGAGGAAAAGCCUUUCACAUGUCAACAGUGUGGAAAGAGUUUCAAAACAAAAUGGCACCUUAACCAACAUGUGAGGAUUCACACUGGAGAGAAACCACAUCUGUGCCAUCACUGUGGAAAGAGUUUUACAACUGCAAGUGAACUUAAGAAACAUUUAAGAGUUCACACUGGAGAGAAAACUCACAAGUGUCAACAGUGUGGAAAGAGUUUCAGAACAAAACCUCACCUUAACGUACACAUGAGGAUUCACACCGGAGAGAAACCACACGUGUGCCAUCACUGUGGAAUGAGUUUUAUAACGGCAGGUAACCUUAAGAAACAUUCGAGUAUUCACACUGGAGAGAAACCUUACAUGUGUCAUUUGUGUAAAAAGAGUUUUACAAGUAAAGGUAAUCUUAAGACACACAUGACACUUCACACUGGAGAGAAACCUUACACUUGUCAUCUGUGUGGAAAGAGUUUCAGAAUAAAACCUAACCUUAACGUACACAUGAGGAUUCACAUCGGAGAGAAACCACACGUGUGCCAUCACUGUGGAAUGAGUUUUAUAACUGCAGGUAACCUUAAGACACAUUCGAGUAUUCACACUGGAGAGAAACCUUACAUGUGUCAUCUGUGUAAAAAGAGUUUUACAAGUAAAUGUAAUCUUAAGACACACAUGACACUUCACACUGGAGAGAAACCUUUCACUUGUCAACAGUGUGGAAAGAGUUUUACAACGAAACGUGACCUUAAUAGACACAUGAGAAUUCACACUGGAGAGAAACCAUUCACUUGUCAACAGUGUGGAAAGAGUUUUAUUAUGAAAUGUGACCUUAAUGCACAUGUGAGAAUUCACACUGGAGAGAAACCAUACAUGUGUCAACACUGUGUAAAGAGUUUCAGGACAAAACCAAACUUAAAUGCACAUUUGGUCACUCACACUGAAGAGAAACCGUUCACAUGCCAUGAGUGUAAAAAGAGUUUCAAAACAAAAGCUAACCUUAAAAAACACGCAAGAGUUCACACUCAAUAGAAAUCAUUCAUGUGUCAACAGUGUGGAUAUGGCAACAAAGUUUAGAAAUCAGCUGAGGUCUUAUUAAUAAAACUGUCUGGAGGAUCCUUACUAAAAGUCUACAUGUGCACAAAAGCCCAAGAUGUCUGUACUUGUGUUCUUGUGAAACGUCAUCACUCGCGGCCCAAGUACUGCUCCAAUACCAAGUUCACAUCAAGUCAAGUUCACAUAACAUCUCAGGAUGUGUUCUUGAUCCACUCAUUUUAUCGAGGAUGCAUCAGGAGGUGACUUGUGUGGACUUACGACGGCCAAGUUUCCCAGGAUGCAUUUCACAUCAACGGCAUUGAAGCUUAAUACCUGCAAAAUAUUUGAAAUAUUACUCUUUCUGUGUCAUAAAAUGUAGCUGUUUAGUCGAGAAUAUAGAUGAAUAAACUUUAAAUCUGUGGUCAGUUAGUAAAGAUAGGACCUAAUAUUAAAAUUUCCUCUGAUGAUUUUGGAUAUGUGAGUUCAAGGUGAUCAAAGAGAUUCAUCUCUGCAAAUCCUUCUGAAAUUUUCUGCUGUCUAAGUGCAGCUGCUCUGCCCUUCAGUGUCUGAUCGUUAAACAUGAAAUAUUCUCUUUGGAUAUACACUAUAUUGUCCAAAGUUUUGGGACACCCCUCCAAAUCAUUGAAUUCAGGUGUUCCAGUCAGAUCUAGUGAAAGGAACUCUUAAUGCUUCAUCAUACCAAGACAUUUUGGACAUUUUCAUGCUCCAACUUUGUGGGAACAGUUUAGGGAUGGCUCUUUCCUGUUCCAACAUGACUGUGCACCAGUGCACAAAGCAAAGAGUGAGUGUGCAGGAACUUGACUGGCCUGCACAGAGUCGUGACCUCAACCCAAUCAAACAUCUUUUGGAUGAAUUAGAGCAGAGACUACGAGCGAGGCCUUCAUCAGUGUCUUACAAAUGUGUUUUAGAAGAAUGGUCAAAAUUUCCUAUAAACACACUCUUAAACCUUGUAGAAAGUCUUCCAAGAAUAGUUGAAGCUGUUAUAGCUGCAAAGGGUGGACAAAACUCCAAAUUAAACCAUAUGGAUUAAGAAUAUAAAGGCAGGUGUCCCAAAACUUUUGUCAGUAUAGUGCAUCUAAGAGGCUGUUGUUUACACUUGGCAUUAACAUGCGUUUUCAUCGAUCUGAUCACAAGUGGACAACGUUUAAUGCCAGGUGUAAACGAUGUUCAAAACGUUUUGAGCUCGUCCACUUUCGACCACUUUCAACCAAAUUCAGAUGUAGUCUAAACCCCUUUCGAUCAGAUUGCUUUUAUAGUGUAAAUGCACAUGUGGUUGAAUGUGUUCGAACAGCCACACACGACCGCCUUCUCUCCGCCCAUUUAUCUAAUCUGAGGUAUUAAACACAAUGUUUAAGUCUUUUCUGACUUCUGGCAUGAACACACGGUGUACAUCUCUAUUUUUAGCCUUUCAUUGAUAAAACUAAAGCGGCUGAUCUCCGUAGUUUUGUUUUGAAAGCGUGUGAAAGUUGUGCGAUCCUAUUUCAUCAAUUGCGCUGAAAUAUCAUUGAAAACUCUAACAUAUACAUGUACAAAACAAUGUGCAGCAUGUUUACCUGCUAAAUAAGCAGUGGACUCCGACGUAAUAUUAGUUCUCGUCCAUAUAAACUCACCAUUACUCCCGCUCGCGUUUAAUGACAGCAGAGAGACUCGCCCACUGUCUCACAGACCACCCUCUCACAGUAUUCAGGACAGAAGCGGUCGAAAGUGAACAAAAGAGACGGAUUUAAAUACCAGGUGUAAACGUGAUGUGUCUCUCUCGUCCACUUGUGAUGCGAUCGAUGAAAACACAUCUUAAUACCAAGUGUAAACAACCCCUAACUGGUAUUUGGUCUUAUCAAUUUACUUCUUUUCUUAUUCAACUGAAGUCUGUUAUUUGUUAUUAUCGUUUUAACUGAUGUUAAAGUUAAGUUUCAUAACUUAAAUCACAUAUGUUUUCUAUAGAAUCUUAACACUGAAUCACUGCCUUUGUACUGUAACUAGAUUAAUUUUGUGUUUACUUCAUGUUGUACAAAAGUUUUGUACUUUUAAUGAAUGGUUUUAUAUCAUAUUUCAUUUUGUAAUAAAUACAUUGAAGCUAAUCAGUGGUCCGUGUACUUUAUUUUUCCUUUUUAACCAUGAAAAUAAAAAUAAAAUAUAAAUGUUAUAUUAAAUAAAUAAUCGAAUAAAGUAAUUUUUUUUUUUUGUUUCACAUUCAGACUUCUUUUGGCUGUGAAUCUGCAAGCAUGCUGCUUUAUGCAUGUAAACAUCAUCACAUUAUAUUCAUUAUGAUAAAUUGGGCAAUUCCAUGCAAAUGUCAACCUUAUCAUGAAAAGUAGAGUUUUUCAAUGUGGAAAGAGUUUCAUUUUAAUCAUCCCUUAACUGGCAAAUGAAAGCUCACAGGGGGAAAUAUGGAGUGAUUUUGUGCCAUAAUUGCAGGGCUCGAAAGUGCGACCAAUUUGCAGCUGUUCGGCGGAUUAAAAGUCUCUACAACU